UAUGUGACACGGUAGUUAGUUCUGGAACACCAGUCUUUUUUUAUUCCUACGAAGGUCGAUUAGACACGGACACAUUAGCUAAUGUACUGAGUCGUUUCUUCAAACACGAAGGAAUUUUCUUGUUAUAUUUCACUAGCUAGCUUUAACAAUUGAAAAUGCCAAGAGGAAGCAGAAGCCGGACGUCAAGAAUGGCCACUCCAGCCAGGGUAGCCCCACCGCCACCUCCCAUGGCCAGGGCUGCACCCCCACCACCCUACGCGCCAGUGCCUGCCCGUGUCCCUCCGUCCGCCAUGGCUGCCCCAGCCACUGCUGCCCCCCAGCAGCCAGGCAUGUUUGCGCAGAUGGCCACCACAGCCGCUGGGGUAGCCGUUGGCUCAGCUGCAGGGCACAUGAUCGGCCACGCAAUGACUGGAGGAAUGGGUGGAGGCGGGGGAAGCCAGGAGGCUGCCAAGCCUGAUGUCACCUACCAGGAGCAGCCCCAGCAGUACCAACAGCCACCUCCCAUGUACCAGCCAGCACAGUAUCAGCCCCAGUCCAUGUUCCAGCAGGAGUCUGCAGCACAGCAGGGAACCUGCUCCUAUGAGUUCAAGCAAUUUAUUGAGUGUGCUCAGACCCAGAGUGACCUGAAACUCUGUGAAGGCUUCAGCGAGGUGCUCAAGCAGUGCAAGUUGUCCAAUGGGAUGUCCUGAGCGGGAGACGAACAACCCCAUCAACGCUGAACACACACAAUACUACUAAACAAGUCAUUUGUUUUGGCAGUUGAUCAAAUAACUUAAUCAUAUGGACAAUAAAAGCAUUUCUCAGGUUGAUGCUGUGAAGCUUGUAAUAAGUUAUGUAUAUGUUUAUUUUUUUGGUUUGUUGCAAGUUUUAAUUUUUUCCCUUGGUCCACCCAUUUCCAUCAUAUCUGGAUUAGUUGUACAAUCACAAUUUGCUUGUAACAAGCAUAGGAUCUAAUAAACUGAUGUGAAUCACAUUAAAUAAU